UAGUUGAAUACGUGGCUUUAAAUGUGUAUUUAGACAAGAGGCUGUCUAUUGCAUUUGUUGUUUCAGAACUCACUUAUCUUAAAAUCAGCCAUUGUAUGUUCUGUGUUGAUACAAUUUCCCACUUCAAAUAUGUGUAUGCCCUUGCCGGUUUGGACUGAGUCUCUAACCUUCUUCUGGUUGGUGUUCAGAGCAAAAUAUUUCAGCGUAAAUUACCUUAAUACAAGCAAGUAAUUUAUUGGUCUCUUGUCCAUCCUUAUAAUUAUCCUAUUUAAUUAAGCCCCCAAUUAUAAAAGCUGUGAUGAUUUGAAAUUCAUAUUUGGUUUGUUUCAAGUAAAUUUUAAUGUGUAGCCUAUGUCUUGAUUAUUUUAUUGUAGUAUUGACUUGAAUUUUUUAAAAGAAGAAAGGUGGUCUUUAUGAAAAAUACGAUUUUUCAUUAAUAAUCUACCACUGAUGAAGAAGAAAGUUUUAAGUAAUUGUUUUUUGAAUACUGAGUGAGAAGAUGGUGUGUUGCUUUCAGUCUUCUUUGGUGUGUAUACCAUAGUGAACAGAGAAGUAAUCUGUAUUGUGUUUUCAAACUUGCCGGGGUUAUUUUAUAUUACCUUGGGCAAGUAUAGUCACUUAGAAGUUGAUUUGAAGUGGCUUUGAGUUCUUCAGAUCUCUUUUCCAUGUCUGCACAAAGCAACUUUUGAAUGGGUAACAUUGGAAGUAAACAUGAAAAAGAAAUGAAAUCAUCCUGUGGAUUUAUAAUGUUUUCAAAAUUUUAACUUUGAAAAAUUUAAAGAUGUGCAACAUGAAUUUAUAAAGAACUUGCUAGAUGAGGUAACUGCCAGUGUCUCAGGAUUUCCUGCACUGACAGCCCCCAAACCCAGCAGAGAGGAGGGCUCAGGCACCCUGGGGGCCCUGUCUUAUGCUACAAGGACAGAUGCUUCUGGUAGCACGUGCCAUUAGAUCCUCUUCAUUCCUUUGUUAAAAAAUUUGUGAAUAUUAUAUUCCACAAAGGAUUUGAUUAAAAAUUAGUUUAAAGUAACAGGAAUCACAGCAAACAAGGUAUCUAUCAGUAACUGAAAAGUUGUCAGGAUAGGUUAUGAUUAUGCUACCAAGACACCCAGGAGUGGCUACUUACAUCAGAAAUAGGAGAGCUGAGAAUCUCAGAAAGUCUGUGUUCCAUUCUGCCUAGAUAAUGUGAUACAAAAGAAAAGUUCUUUUAAAUUCCAAGGGAAAUUCUGCCUGCUUUUGGUAAACGACUGGCCUUUUCACUAAUGCGUUCAGGGUUUGUCAGCGACCAGGUUCAAAAGUAAUAAUGCUAUUUGAGUUGCAUAGGAUCCGUUUGCAACCAGUUGAAAAUUAAUAAUUAAAUCAGCCUGUUACCUAUAAGUUGUAUGUGAUAAAAGUAGUCCAGUUUUCCUGUUUUAUAAAUGGAUCAUUUAAUUCAGUUUCUAAUGACACUGUGUUAAUACAAUCCUUCUGAGUAAACGUUUUCACUAACAACCCACUUCUUCUCUCCUCUUUCUCUCUCUUGCUUUCGGUUCUCCUUUGAAUGUAUCCGCUGUGUAAUUUCACAUUCAACCAUGGGUUUGCUUUGAGAAUAGCUUAUUUCCACGUGCCCACCUUCACCACUCAUCCGCUGUGCUUCAUCUCUUUCCCCACACGUAUUGCCAGCCCCAGAAAUGGACUUGCUUUCAGACAUUUGGGAGGGAGACCCCUUUGGGGAGGCCGAUCAGAUCACACUAGACAGCUUAGAGCUCCCUUCCCCGGGCGAAACAUCAGAGCGGGGGGCUUGUGAUUCUGGCUUGGAUCCUCUUGAAGCCCCUCCUGAGACUGACUGUUCUCCCGCCCACGAGAAGCCUCUAAAAGAGGCUGAGCACAAGGGUUCAGAGUUUGGGCGCUUCUUCAGUUUCUGCAGACGCUUUCCACCUCGCUUCCCCUCACUGCUCGAUGAUGGUGGGUACCUUGCCUUCCCCAGCCUCCCCAAGGCCUGGGUCUCCUUCCUCCCCACCGACAUCCAGCACCGUGUUCCCAUCACCUCCCCUUUGUUCCUUCCCUCCCUCAUCCUCAUUUUUGGACUCCUUCUCUCUGCCUCUCAGUCAGUGCCUUUUUCUCUCACCUUUUCCCUUCCUCUGGCUCUAUCCCUCUACUAUCUGGAGGCAAAAGCUGCUUCCUUGACUGUUUCUUAUGACUGUGACUUGAAUGACAAAACGGAGGAAGAGGAAGCAGUUGCUGGCUCUCCUACAUGAGCUUUAAAUCUGUGCGGUCAACCACACUCCACUUCAUCUUAUACCCUUCGUAAUGUAGAGUGUAAACAUGUGCAUAAAUUCCAUCACUGGUUAACCUCAAAUUAGUAUGAUCUCUACACUUUCACACACAUCCUUUUAGUACAUGAGAAAUAAGUGUAAUUAAACACUUCCCCUCCACUGAUAUUAAUUGACUAGGUCCACACAUUCUAAGUUAAGAGCAAAGUUGUAGGAUUAUUUUAUAAAUACCUGAACCAUACUAGGCCAUAAAAACAAGGAGAGGGGGACCUAAGUUGCCCUUAAUAAUCUGUUUUGGGUCUGUCCAUUUUGCAGAUAAAUGUUAAUGCUGUUCCUUUAGGAUGGAAACUUUAUUUUGAUAUAGAACUUAGGAUGCACUGGACAUAACUGUAAUCGAUAUGUAUUAGUAGAAUUCCUUAGUGUUAUUAUUUCUCUGUUAGAAAGCCAAGCUUGUUCUUGCAUUUUUGAGGAUGCAUCUGUGACCUUUACUCCUGACAUGCAUAGGUCUAAUCUCAGAAACUCCUUGUCUCCCUAUUAUUGUAGCAUUUGGAGCCCAGAUGAAGUUCAGAUAGUUUGUUUUCUUUUUUUAACUCAAAAUCAUAUAUUAUAUAAGAGUCACCGUCAUGUAUUCUGUAAGGAAGAUACUAUUCUGUUAUCUUUUCUUUAACAAAUAUGUAUGAAAAAUGAACCAUAGUAUUUUGAAAAUUUGGACUCUGUAGCACUAAGGUUGGACUGGACCUCUUAGUGUUCUUUUAUUUAAAGUUAGGUGUCUGGUUUGAUCCGAGGAUUUUUGCCCCAAUAUAGGGCUACCUCUGCAGUACUAAGCAGUGCUUACAUGUGUAGUACUUUUUGAUU